AUGACAUCUUUCACCGCCACCGACUACUUCUCCCAUGCCCAACUUACUCCAAUUCCACCAGAGGAGAAGCCAACCUUCAGCAACCUCAAGAUCAUCCACCAAGAGAUUAAUGCCAAUGCUAUGGCCGUCACUUCACGCCUCGCAGGAGGCCACUAUGGACAUCUCGCUCUCACCGUUCCAACCGCCACAUUCAAUGCAUUGGAGAACGCCACUGCUUGGGUCGAACCAGUCCACCCCGGGCCUAACCCAGUCCAUGGAGCAACCGCCACAGCAGCUCAAAUCACCGAAACCAACAGGCUUUUUGCUCAAAACAUGGAGCAAUUCAUCAUUUGCAAGGCCGUCGGUACAGCCCUCAAGAAGCAGCUCCUGGAAGCCAUACCUGACACGUUCACCAACACCCUCAAAAACGACCUCUUUGGCUAUGCUAAUGUCAGCGUUCUAGCACUCCUCGAGCACUUAGACACAACCUAUGGAAAAGUAGAUCGCGUCGACCUCAAGGACAACAUUGAUCGAAUGAAUGCCAAAUGGAGUCCAACACAACCCAUCGAAGACUUAUUCACGCAGAUUGAAGCAGCCAAACAGUUUGCCAAAGAUCAUGAUCCCAUCACCGAAAUGACGACCAUCAUCGCAGCAACCACCAACCUGACCAACAGCGGCGUAUUCACACAAGCCAUCCGUGAAUGGGACAACAAGGAAGACACCGACCACACAUGGAAGAAGCUAGAGCUUCAUUUCAAGAAAGCAGACAAAGAACGUCGUCGUACCCUCACAGCAGCCGAAGUCGGAUACGCCAACGCAGCAACCGACAAAGCCAAAAUCACCGGUCACCGCAAAGAAGCAACCGCGGACAACAUGAUGGGCGGAUGUUGCAUCAUCAAGCGUCGCAAUGGGGAACGUGCCAUUUACAGGCGCCCCAAUCGCAAUCCCCCCAGAGAUGAGAACACUCCUCCCAAUGACCAGACAACAGGCGGCCGCUGA